GGAAGACACGGAAUGUUACAAUGGCCGCACAUGGAUACUGCAUUGGCUGGUGUGUGGGAUCAUUAACUUAUUGGGUCGGGAGAACGCCGUUGAACAAUAAUCCAUGUCUUGAGAUCUGCACAAAGCAAACGCAACAGCCAGCUUCAAUUUCCACGACCCCUGAUGCUUCCUUUUCUCGAGUACACACCUUCCGAGUUUCAAACUUUGGGAGCAUGACCUUUGGAUUCGUCUAAAACGGCGAGGCUCCCAUGACAAGACUGAUGGGUAUGAGGGCAUUUGUUCUUUCAUUUUGCUCUCCGCCUCUGACCACAGAGUGAACUGGCAAAGCGCGACUGUUUCCGACAUGACAUCAACGGAGGCAGCGCUUGGCACCCUAUGGGGCUUAGCUGGCAUGACCUUUCUCUUCGUGGCUCUCCGGCUGUACACGCGGUUGGUAUUGCUGCAGUCGUACGGCCUUGACGACUACUUCUACAAUGCAGCGUUUGUGAGUCGGAACGGUUCACCGUGGAUAGGGCCUGCCAAUGGCGCAACUCUUGAUACUAACCAUUCUCAGCUUCUCUUUGUGACGUUCAACAUCAUGCUUACCGUCGCUGCACAGUAUGGCUUUGGUAAAGAUAUUGGAACAAUCACUUCUCAAGAUGACCUCAUCCACGCCAUUCUGUACGAGGCAAUCGGCCAAACGGUCAUGGUGGUUGGCACAGUAGUGUCCAAGGCGUCUCUCGGCCUCUUCCUCAUGCGACUCGUCGUCGACCGUAAGCAGAUGAUAGCACUAGCCGCGCCCUCGAUCAUCCUCGCCCUGUUCGUCGUCGUCUCGCUGUUGGUCUUCUGGUUCUCGUGCCGACCCAUCUCCUUCCUCUGGAACCGAUUCAUCCCGGGCGGCCGCUGCGACAUCGACGCGGGCCCCAUCUCCACGGCAGCCGGGGUAUGGAGUGUUAUCGUCGAUUUCUGGUAUGCAGGGUUUCCGUGGUAUCUGAUCUGGAAGCUCCAGAUGCCCCGCCGGGAGAAGAUCGUGAUUGGAGCCAGUAUGAGCCUGGGCAUACUGGCAGGUGCAUGCGGUAUCAAGAGGGCUUUGGAGCUAGGCUCUCUGAGCAGUCCAAACUACACAAAAGACACAGUCGACCUCAACAUAUGGCACGCAGCCGAGCUAGCCGUCACCAUGGUCUGCAUCGGCAUACCCGUCUGCCGCCCCGCCUACCAACCCGUCCUUUACAAACUCGGCCUAUCGACACAGAAGAGCAGCCACGCAGCGGGGAGCUACAAGAGGAGGAGCAUGGAAGACAGCGACGGCGUUUUCGGCCUGCACACCAUCGGGGGAACCGCGUUCACGGACCAGAAUCGCCGAGGGCAGCGAGGAGGAGGCAGUGCUACGCAGAGUCACGACCCAGAGGCUGGCACGAGUGCCGUUCCCAGCAACGCCAGCGACGAACUCAUCCUCGGUCCGGAUUACAGGUCUCACCCCAGCGUGAGGGUGGCGCGCAGCCAGGCGAGAAAGGAGACGGAGAUGGAUGACAAUACAAUAUUGGUAGAGACGAAGCUUGAGGUUACGUCGUCGGCAGCCAGGUGAAUGAGGACCGAGCGAGAGGGAAGCAAUGGUCAUGUAAGAAAUGGCGGAGGUUAGAAUUGUACAUUAUUCAAACUUAAAGUGUGCAGUUGCCUGCAUGUCCGGGCUUUCGCGGCACUGGGAGGGCCAAGGGGGAGGUCAAUCUUCCCUGAGUUCAAAUACCGAGGCAUCUCCCAGGAGUACAACGUACGGCCCAGAUACCGUCACUGUCAUCCUGGACGAUCGACUUCCUGUGCUUCUGGCUCCCCUUCAGGAUGAUGGCCAUCUCAACGUCCAC